AUGGCUAAAAGAGAUGAUUUGGUUGAAAUUAGUGCUCUUCCGGAAGAAGUAACUGGUUUCAAACAGGCCAAGACCAUCUUCCUCAUCCAAAUGUUGAAACCCAUCGCAAUGCUAAUCAUGCUGUUCAACCUGAAUUUUGCUUGUUUACCCAAGGGUUCGGUAGAGCCCAGACCGGAGCCAGCAGCCGAGCCAACUGCGCCGGUUCCUGAAUUUGAUUCAGCGGGUGAUGCUUCGUCCAAGGAGACCCCCCUGAAAAGGACCAAAAGGUCCGGACAUGCACCAACUGCCGAGGUCGAACAGAGGGAUGAGCCGGUUCCCGAAACCGAGGCUCCACUGGAUACCGGUUCACUUCCCGCUGGGGACCCAGCUUCAACAUCCGAGGCACCUGCCCCUACCGAGGCUGCUGGUGUUGUUCCGGCAUCCGAAGCACCUGCUCCUGCCGAGACUACUGGUGCUGUUCCGGCUUCCCCCACUCCAGCUUCGAGGUCGGAUAACUUUGAUGAUAUGUUCUCGGAUACUCCUCCUACUAUCGGGGAAGCUUUCGCUUUUGGAAAUCUCCCUAUCCCUCGAGUCACGAGGGCAGCUAGCCGGUCCACCGAUACCGGUGCAAGAGAUAGCCUUAGCGUGGUGCUCGUUAAUGAGGCCUUCAUCCAUGCCCAGCAAGAGGUUGACGACCUUAAAGGCCAGCUGGACGCCCAGGGUUGGAAAACGGAGAAGUUCCAGCAUCUUUUGCAAGUGAAUGAGGAUGAGUUGAACCGAGCAACUGCCCUUUCCAAUCUUCGACCCAAGCUCGAAGCGGCGAAGGCCGAAAACCUUUGGUUAAAGGAUGAGCUGGCCGGGAUGGUCGAAAAGAACCAGCUCCUUGAAGCGAACAAGGUCGGCCUUAGCCAAGAUAAUGCUCGUUUCUCCUCAAAGGUUGGUGAACUCGAGGGUACUAUAUCUCGACUUCGGGAAGAGCUUGACUCGGCCAAGAUUGACGCUGUGAACAUGGCCGAGAGGCAUCAAUUGCUUGAGUCCGAGAAUGCUGAGUACAAGGACAAGUUGAGGGUAUUCAUGCAGAAAGCUGAGGAUAGGGCCCAAAUAUGCGACGAGCUCAAGACCAAGUUCGAGGAGACAGCUGAGGCCAAUGACAUCCUGAAGGCCGAGCUCGAGUCGGAUACUCAAGUUCAAAGAAUCCUCUAUGUCGAGAGAUCCGAAUUGGUUGACAAAUUGGCCCAAGCUGAGGCCGACCUGGCGAAACUCCUUAAGAAUGUGGAAGCUACCGAGGCUCAUACCACAAUUGCAGUGGAGUAUGAGCGGUGGAAGUCCUGGAGGGCCACCCUCGAGCAAGCUCAACAAGGUUUUAGGGACCUUCCGACCUUGAUACUUGAAGCCAAAAAGACCGAGGAGGAAGCCAAAAGAUCCCUUGAUACCGAUUCCGAGGAUUCCGAGCAGACAGUAUCCGAGCGUUCUGGUUCUAGCUGCACCGGAUAG